AUGUGAUAUUACACAUUUUAGUAGUACUCCGCUUCAUAAUUUUGUCUAAUACCCAUUACACUUAAAUUGUGUAAUAUUAACCAAAUUUUUAUUCAAUAUCACAUAUUCGUGUUGUCUCAUAUCGAGCUGUCAAAUUUUCCACCAUCCGCAGACAAAUCAAAACAAAAUAUAAAAUAUCAAGUGCAGAUCAUUCGCUGAGCGUCAUCCCUCAAACUCCAAUUCGCUAGUUGUCAUAAUCUCCGAAUCCCAACUUAAAGUGCCAGCUUGACACGACGAUGCCGCUGCUGGUUGUCCACGUGUCCGGCGUUCUCGUUUCUGUCACGGAAACUAGGUGCCGUAGAGAAACUGAACGGCAACGUGAAGACACAAAUUUCCACAAAAACCGUGGUGGGCAAUAUGGCGACUGCUGUCCGGAAGAAGUGGUUAGGAUAGACCCAGUGCGUUGGCGACUUUGGCCACGAGUCUAUUGGGUGUUUCGAUUUCGCCACCACCGUUUUUCCGGCCAAGUCGGGCCCAAGAGUGAAGGCCAAGUAUCGGCAGGUGAACUAAAUGGCCGGGAAUAUUUUGGAAUGCAGUGUUCCAUUCGAGUAUUACGCUGUUUUCAAUGCUGUUCGAUUCGGUGAUGCAACCUGCAGAAGCUGACGCUGUACCCGGACUCCCGGGAAUGUUUGUACUGAUUAAGGUAUCUCGGAAUCAACACUACCAGAACCUCCUCACGCGCGAUCCCAACAAUCACAUCGUGGUGUUUUCCCAGGAUCAACACGGACCACGAAUCAUCCAGAAGAAAAUGAAGCUUGAUUCGUCCGAGCAGAAGCAAGCCCUUAUCAAAAGCAUCCCGUCUGAGGGGCAGCUGCAAAUUGUCCCUGAACUGUACGGCCUGGUCAUCCCGCAGAUUUUUUGCACGGAAAGCGGGGCAAGUCCGUCCUGUCCGGACACGAUUUGCCAGGCAGAGUUUACGUGUGUCUAAAUUGGCCGCGGGGAAGGACGACGCAUCAUCUACAUCCGGACACCCGCCCGGAAGACAUCAAAAGUUCCAAGCUGGCCGUGAUCACCGAUGAUCUGAACAGCUUCGAAGAUCUGUAUUGGAAGUUGGAAAGUUUGAAGAUUCGAUAAGAACGACCUAAUUGCGAAGAGAUCCCGCAUAUAUUCUUCAAAUUGUAAGUGUAGUUAAGUAUAAGUGUUUAAAAUGAAAACUACUCGAUGAGAAAAAAAUCAGAUUAACAAAAAAAACAUUCCGUUUGAUUAUCUUUGAUUUGACA